AUGACAUUCACUCGGGUUGAAAAUCUUUCUGCAGAUCAAAUUCAUAAGACGAACAAGCUUACAGAUUGUUAUGGUGAAAUGUUAAUGAAUUGUUUAAUACAGGCACUAGACUCCAACAGACUAACAUCGGGUGUUUCAGAUUGUGCUAAACUAUUGAGUCGGUAUCCAGAAAAUGUGAUGUUUUGUAUCCUCCCCGAAGCUGCUAGUGAGAAUAUAUCUGUCCAUAUUCAACAUAUAUUAAUUGAAGCUUUCUGUUGGGAAAAUGAUAUCCGCAUCUUAAAGGUCAAGUUAUCGAAUAGGUCUACAUCUAAGGAAGGUAAAAAUGGUGUACGUAAAUUGUCGUCUGAUACAAACUGUCUGCUGUUAGAAUAUCCCAAAGAUCAACUAAGCACCACUGACGAUGAGAUUGUGGACUAUUAUGAUACACUGAUUCUCAAUGAUACGUUCCCCAAGCCAGAAGUAGAAUUACCAGUUUGAAAACUUUCUUGGUUGUAAUGUGGUGAUCUGAACCUCUCCACUCUUGGUAAGUAAGAACUGUUGACAUUUUGUUCAUCGUAUCCUGAAUACGGGUUUUGACAUUGUCUUAUUUACGAGGAAACAAUUACGAAUGGGGGUGUGCUUUGAACGCGAUGAUAUUUGUUAAGUAAAAGUUUUCCUUGUAAGCCUUGUCAAUAACAUUGGAAUUUGGUUUGAACAAUUUGGAGUAAAAAGGACAACUAUUUCAAUUUUUUCAUUUACUAAUCGUACUCAUUUUAACCUUUUUUAAUGCAGGAGAUGAUGUGUAAUUCUCUUGGAAAUAUUCUAUGAAGUAUUGGCAGACGGUGUUUCUAAGACACACUUCACCGAAGAUUGAGCUGAAAGAUACUACUUAUGAGCAAAUACAGUGACUUCCGUGAACGUAGAUGAAAGCGCUAAUGGGUUGAAUUGAAUUUGUUUCAGCUUAUUGUAACAAUAAAUUACCGUAUUUC